GAAUCUGGUGAUGGUGACGGUGGCAGGCAGCAAGUGCAGUGUGACGACGCUGCAGACGUCGAUGGCGCCGACUUGUGCCGGCUGGAUGGGACUCGACACCGACGGAAUGAUCAAACACAUCGGCUCCAGCCCGGAUAAGUACGCCACGGUCUUGAUGUCGAUCAUCGAUCCGUCGACCGGAGCCACACAGUCGUUCACAGCGACGACUCAGAAUCCGUAUGCGAUCAACACUGCAAACUGUGUCCUGCACAACAGCUCGUUUGUUUGCAGUGCGACGCUCAUGUUUUCCGGCACGGCGAGCAUCGCCAUACCCGGAAACGACAACAUUGUCGUCAUCCCCGCGGGCGAGUACGGCGUCGUCGCGCUCAUUCAGAGUGGAGGAGCCAACGACGCGCCGCUACUUGGUGUCACUUUCAACCGCGGAGGCAACUACUACUAUGACCCCACUAUGCUUCUCGCCGAGAUCACGGUCUCGAUCACCGAGGAGACGAUGCAGUUUACCGACGUGUCCGACACGCCGCUGGCCGACAUCGAGCUCUACUCGUUUGCCUGCUCGUACUUUGCACAGGCUGGGCCGUCGAUGGCCGUCGGUGCGUGCAAUCUCCAAAGGAAGUCGACGUUCAACCAGAUUGUGUACCUGCCGACCACAGAAUCGGGCAUCAACGAGAACCCAGUCCCGCAAGCAUACGACGUCACCAACGUGGCCCAGAUCUUGCUUGUGGAGCCAACGACCUAGGAUUCUUUAUACUCGACCUAUCCUCCCGCCCGCCAUCCCCUCAACCCCCCCACCGCGGGUAUGAAACCAGCUAUGAGCGCA